UUACAUGUAUGUGCUGAAAGUGAAUGUAAGUCGUGGUUAUGCUGGGAGCAUAAUUGAAUACCAGGAGUUUGUGGUAAUAUAUUUCUUUUCCCUCCCUCAAGCACACUUGUCAUUGUUUGACGUUCGUGACUUGUUUUUAGGGAAUUCUUGUACCUUUGGUAUGGAAAUAGGGAGGUAUAAUUUGGAGAAUGUGAGAAUUUUGAGGAUAGUGUGAGGCUUUGAGGAAUUGAUUUUAGUAGACGGUUACAGCAUAGUUUGAGAAGGAAAAAGCGAGGGGGUAAAGCUUAAAACUUAUAAUUUGUUUGAGCAAUAAUUUCCUGAAUAAUAUUCUUUUUCAUUAUUAGUUUAGGCAAGAACUAAAAUUGAGAAAAUGGAGAGUGGAAAAAGAAGUGGAGCAGUAUUUUUGCCAGGAAAUGGGGUCACUGUUGAGGGGGCGUGGAAUUGGUUUGCUUUCAACUGGAUUCAUCUUCUCCUAAACAAUGAACUGCUGGGUUCAUCUUUGCCUUGUUUUUUGCUCUAUGCUAUUAUUCUGCUUGCGAUCAAGUUCACUGAUAUAGCAAGUUACUGUUCCAGGUACGAAACUAUACUCCACCUCCACCUGUUAACAACAGUAUCAAGGUUAGUGCUGUAUCUAGAUGUAAUGGGGAUUUCCCAGGACUCUUUCAUUUUUUAUUUUUGUAGAAUUUCAUUUUCAAUUCUAGUGUUUGGUAUGAUUCCUACUAGAGAAAGAGAGUAAAAUGAUAGUGGUCAAUAAAAUAAUAAACAGUAUUGAUGGGUCCUACUAAUUCCAUCUUCAUUCUCUCAAUUCCUAUCACUUUUGAUAGGAAUUGUAAUUCCCAAAUUUUAGACCCAAUGAAAUUCAAUUCUCAAUCUUUUUAUUUUUCCAAACAUAAUAUAUGGAAAUAAAAUAUUUCCAAUUCCUUACAUUUUUGUCCAUCCAAACAGGCUAUUAGCGAUAUCUAUUAUGGAAUUUUCACCUUUCGUAUUGUUAUCUGUGCAACUUGUGUGGCUGUCAUGGUAAGUAAUGUUCAUAGUUUGAAAAUGGAAUAAAUUCCUACCGUGUGAUUAUCAUUCGUGAGUUUGAUCGUCGGUGCCAAGUAAACAAAAUAUCGAGUUUACCGAAAGGCCGAAGCAACACAUUUAAGAAACGAAAGAUUGUCUGUUUUUUUUAUCUAUAACUUAGGGUAAUCCUAUGCCGGCCAUUACAUUUAAGAAACAGGCGACCAAUCCAUCCAUAUCUUGUCGUUAUCUCAUCUACACAAUGUGUUCGUAAUUAACUAUUCAUAUUUCAUACAUCAAUACAGAGGAGAGGAUUUGAAAUUGAUUCCUCGUAACCCAACCGUUUUUUUUUUUUUGUUCAGCAUUCACAAUGAAUUUGUGCACAAACUAGAAAGUUAACAGAACAAAAUGUUCAUAAUAAAUUAGGAUACUCUUCCUAAUUGUGAUAUUAUUAACUUAGGGAUUUCGUGCCAGCAAUGCGGUUAAAGAGUCUGAAUUUGAACAUUCUCCUAAUGAAUUCCCAUUUUAGGAAUGUUUCUGCAAUUAACGUUCCAAGCAGUCAAGCACCAGCUUGAAGCCCUUUCAUCAUGCACUUGAAUCCUCUCCUAACCCAAUGUGUAGUCAAUUAACAAAGAAAAUGACAGCUUAUGCAGAAGCUGCUUUAAUGGCUGGACCCCUGAAAAUCAAACACUAUAUAUACCUCCUCCAUCGCCACUCAAUCACAUAUCAUUUCAUUUCCUCAUCCACCACCAAAACCACAACAACAACAAUGGCUUCCUCUACUUCUCCCUCUUGUUCUAAAUCCUCUGCAACUUGCCUUUCCCUCACUCUGUUUCUUCUGCUCUCAUGUUCAUUCUCUGCCGCCCUGCGGUACCAACCAUCAUCACCUUCUCCCCUGAAACUCGUUUCCCCGGCGGCGAAACGAGGAGAAGGGCAAGCGGAAAGGAUGAUUCGCUCCCUCAAUUUGUUCCCCAAACACGCAGCCAACAUCGUUUCGAACAACCAUUCGGGUCACAGCGACGAUCAUCAGCCGGGAAUCGAUGAGAAGCGGUUCAGCUUCAACGUCACCGGAGGCGCAGGCCCUUCAAUUCAGCAGUUCGGUCAUUACGCCGGUUACUAUUCUCUUCCCGACACCAAAGGCGCCAAGAUGUUCUAUUUCUUCUUCGAAUCGAGGGUGAACAACACCAACGCGCCGGUGGUGAUAUGGCUCACCGGCGGGCCGGGUUGUGCCAGCGAGCUUGCUCUGUUCUACGAGAACGGUCCGUUCAAGAUUACAGAGGACAUGGCUCUGCAGUGGAAUGAUUAUGGUUGGGACCAGGCGUCGAAGAUAUUGUACGUGGAUCAACCCACCGGGACGGGUUUUAGCUACACGACCGACGAUAGUGACAUUAGACACGACGAUAGUGACAUUGGACCCAUGAAAAUCAAACACUAUAUAUACCUCCUCCAUCGCAGCAAAUUAAGGUGUUUGAUAUGAAUGCAAAGUAAAACAACAAGAGUACAUAAUUAAAAGUCCACUGCAGCAGCUAUUUCGUUAGUUGCUGCCAGCAAGGAAAGCAAAGCAGCAACACCAUUACCCCAAUCUAGCUAGCAUUUUCUUUUCCUUUCUUUAGCAAAUAUGAGCACGGCAAGUUUACAGACUAGCUGAUGAUUACCUUUGCAAUAUGGUCUGUAAAUAUAGAGAGUUCUUAUCAGUAAGGAUUUUGGUUGUAUGGAAGGGUUAGAUUUCUUGGAUGGAAGUAUUUGGGAGGGGCAGGAUUCCUUUCACAGGAUGAUGUCAGAAUUGUUUCUCCUUUUCUUGAAAUCCCUAUAUGGCUAUUGAAAUUGUACCUUUUCAGUUUAAUCCAAUGAAGAAAGAGAUUAGGAUUACAAGUUACUACGAAUCCUAGAUUCUACUACGCAAUCAAAGUUACUCCCGAACCAUACCAACUCACGGGUACAACUCUUAACGGACUUGGUGUUUUGUUAUCAAGAAGCAUGAUUAGGAUCAAUCUCUAUGGACUUUUGUCCUUCUGAGUAUGUGUUCAAUGAUUACCAAAUGAUUAAUCACUUAAUGAUUUCCUGAUAGUUGUGAGUUACUAAUAUUUAACCAAAUGAUUUCCUGAUUCAACUCAAGUGAUUGUAUCGGGGGAAAGCUUAUCUGACACUACUGGGAAGAGGAGGUGAUGGAAUGGAAGAUAGUGCGAGUAAUGGCAAUUCUGCAUGGUGUGCAAUGAUUUUUAUGCUAAGUUUAUGUUUUGAUGAUAUCCUAACUACCUGUUAUUGAGCUUACGUACUUUUAAUAUGGGCUGUCACAUGGAUUUUUUUAAUGAUUGCAUUGUUGCUGUGUCGAGAAUUUUAAUGUGCUAAGUAGGUUCUUAAUGUAUCUAAAAUUUAUUUCGAGUGCACUAUGCUCAUGUGUCUAUUCAAAUGUUAGGAAGAGAAGUGAUUACACUUUUAGAGUUAUUCGGAUGUAAUUGAUAUCUUUAGAGCGUGUCAUACGUGUUCAAAUUGGACAUGGAUACCAAUUAAAGGUUACGUUACAAGCCUCCUGACGUGAGGUGCAUGUGGUUCACUUGGGUAGCGAUCGAAAGGUUUAUUUUGUGUCUUUUGAAGCAAAUUAAUAUCUCUCCAACCUGUUCUGCCCGUCGCGUAGCGCGGGCUUUAACUUCCUAGUGAGAAUAAACUAUAAAGCAUAUCAUGAAAGUGCACUUUUGCCCUCAUCUUUUGAACCUCGUUCUCUGUUUGUAAGCAGGGCAUAAUUUACAAGUCAACAAAGGCGGACACUCAAAUCACAUUUGACAAUCAACAAGAAAAAACAUCCAUAUCAUAAAUUAAAGUUUCCAAUUAGACCACUGACAAAUCACUGUCAAGCAAUUGUGCAUUCAGAGGGAAAGCUACAAACCCUGGUGGUCGAAUUAGAACACUAACCAGAUCACUAUCAAGCAAUAGAGCAAGGUAACCAUGUCCUCCUUAUGCUAGAGAGAAAGAGAUCAGUGAUUUUCCUCUCCAUCUGCUGGGUCACCGGUGAUUUCCCCCCUCCAUCACUAAGAAGCGGAAAAUAAAAAGAGAGAGGAAAUGAUUGGUGAUUUCCAUCUCAUCUGCUCGCCGUCGGAAAAGAUCUGCUCAUCAUCAGAAAAGAUUCCCCUUUCCAUCUGCUCAUCGCCGGAAAGGAUUUCCCUCUCCAUCUGCUCGUGCUGAGUUUUUUGUCUGCUUCACAACUAAGAGGGAACGGAUUGGAAGAUAUUUUGCAUGUGAAAAUCCCAAACAGCGAGAACAUGACCUUUGGAGGAAUGUCUGUUGUGUUCGGCGUGGAUUUUCAGCAAACAUUAACAGUAAUUGUAAGGGAACUCGAGUAGAUAUUUCAAAUUCUUUUAUAAAGAAGUCAUACUUAUGGCCUUCACUGAACGUUUUGAAGCUCUCUCAAAAUAUGAGAUUGUGCUGCAAAAAUUGUGGCCCUAAAGAAAAGAAGCUAUUCAUAUUGUAGAAUUCAAAAGAUGGACUUUGCCUAUUGGUGAUGGAGUGGGUUCUAAUAUUUUUGGGGAGUCAACGAUCUCAAUUAUUCGAACUUCUUUGAGCAUUCAACAUGAUCAAGGAGAUGAAAUUGUUGAUAUUGUGAAUCAUGUGUACGGAGAUCUCCAUUUGAAUUACAGUGAAGGAACCUCUGUGGUUCAUCAUGCUAUAUUGGCUCCACCCCAUGAAAAGAAAUCGAAAAUUAAUAACUGUGAGAUGAAAAGGGUUCCAAGAGAUGAAGGGGGAGAUUAAUCAGUGGAGUUUCUCAAUACAUUGAAGAUUAAUAAUUUCCCGUACUAUUUGGUUGAAAGUUGGAUUCCCCGUCAUUUUAUUAAGAAAUAUGAAUAAAAGUAUAGGUCUCUGCAAUGGUACAAGAUUGAUAAUCAAGAGACUUGACACAUGGUUUACUGAAAUGGAGAUUCUAAUAGAUACUCAUAUUGGUGAUAUGGUCUUCCUACCUCAUAUUAAAUUGUCUUCUCAUUAUAAAAGUCUUGAUUUCACAUUGGUUAGCAGACAAUGUCCUAUUGCAGUUUGUUUGCUAUGACAAUUAACAAAGUCAAGCACAAGCCAAUUUUGAUCCUUUUGACACAAAUUACUUUCGGGAAGACAAAUGGUAUUUAUGAUGAGUAGGUUAGGAUGUCGCAAAAUAUUAUGAUGUUUAAUCUUUUGAAUGAUUGAAGUAUUUUUUAUAAUUUUGAUUAUUUUAUGCUAGCAAGAAAUUUGAAUGUUCGAUAAUUUAAAAGAUCUAGAUUUUCUUAUACUAACAAAAAAACGUGAAUCUCACAUACAAAUUGCUACUACUAUAUAUACAAUUGGUGAAUGAAUCCGGUUAACCGGUCGGGUCCAUGACUAGUGUUGUUUUAGGACUAUAUGUAGUGUGUGUAGCCCUUGCUUGGUGAUAUCGAAAAUCUCAGUAAGAAUAGUAGUCAAAGAGAGUUCAAAAUCUUCCAUGGAUUAGUCCUUAUAGGUAAAAUUCGUCAUCCACCUAACUUUUAAGCUUAGCUACAAUUCAUAAGUCUUCAAACAAAAAACAAUUUUAUUUGAGUUUCAGUAAACGUUAAAAAAGAUCGGAAAACAUGAAGGUUCGUUAUUAUGACAGAAUCAUUGAUCCAAAGUAAUAAAAAUGGUCAUGUGAUUGCGUACACGGUUUCGACUCUAAGUUUUAUUAGUGUUGUUUUUUUUUUAAGAAGUAACGAAGUAAGUAGUGUUGUUUUGUUGACACGAAAUCUUAUUAAAGUAAAUACGCCCGA